UACGUGUUCCCAUGACAACCAUUGUCUAUAACGUUACGCAAGAAUACGGCUUAAUGACUACAAUGAACAAAAUGAAUGAGGACGAAUACUCGUUUCGCAUGUUCCGGGUGUUUUAUGAUCACAACUUCAAAACCCGGAAGAUGAUACUAAGGGAACUGAUGGAACAACCAUCACGUUUGCCAAAUCGGAUACCAAACGAUAUGAAGACAAGAUCUAAACUGCAGGCACCAAAGCAAGUUUUGAAUAAGAGUGCCCCAGUACUUGGCUGUUGCCAAGGGGAGGUAAAAAACCAGUCAAACCUGCAAACUGCAGAGAAACAUUCCAAGUCUGUUCCUGAAUUUGCAACAUCAAGAUUUUCCAAGCUACAUGUAACAAACAGGAUGGUACCAAAGCAAGAGUUAGCAGAAACUGUUUCUAAGAUGAAUGAGGACGAAUACCAUUUCCACAUGUUCCGGAUGGCUUAUGAUAAAAAAUUUGAAACCCGGAAGAUGAUGCUAAGUCAACUGAUGAAACAGCCAUUACAACAUAAUACGAUGACAAGAUCCGAACGGGCACCAAAGCAAGUUUUCAAUAAGAGUGCUCCAGAUCUUGGGCGCUGCCAAGGGGAAGUCAAACGAAAGCCACACCAAACUGCAGAGAAACAUUCCAAAUCUGUGCCUCAAUUUCCAACUCAAAGUAUUCCCAAACAGACAAAGAGGAUGGCAGCAAUGGAAUGGUUUGAUCUUGCAUCUUCAGUAAAUGAUGACGGAAAAGUUGACGAAACCACUGGCAUGUAUCUCACACACAGAAGACACAUCUGGAAACCUGAAGAGAAGACAAAAGGUGUGAUGUCAACACAUAAGAUCGAUGACAAACAACCAGAAUCCUCUGAUAAACCUGAAGAGAAGACAAAAGGUGUGAUGUCAACACGUAAGAUCGAUGAUAAACAACGAGAAUCCUCUGAUCGUGAACCCUGGCAUUCUGUAUCUGCUAGUUCUAGUACUGAUAACACACAGAGAAGAAGUAGAUUAUUCGAGUGGUUUGAUCUUGCAGCUUCAGGAAGUGAUGACGGAGAAGUUGACGAAACAACUGGCAUGUAUCUCACACACAGAAAACACUUCUGGAAAGUGCCUGAACUGCCGGCUAAUUUGUUGGAACCCUUCAGCCCGUCCAGUAGUGAGGAGGAUCUCUUGGCCAACAGAAAACAACCACAGGACUGCACUUCAAUGGAUAAUGUUUUACAUCGGUCGACAAAGAUGAUUCCGCUUGAGGGUUUGGAUACAAUUGAUUUGACAACAUCAUCUGAGGAAGAAAUUGAAGACAAUGAUCCCAGACCUUAUGCAAAAGUGGCUGGAAUCAAACAUUAUUUUGAUUUUUAAGUCAAGCUAUGGAAUGAAUGGAAGAUUGCCCUGCAACAGAAAACCAACCUCUGACCCUGAUCAAAUACAAUGAAUGAAAUGUCAAAUAAUUGCUGGCACACUCAGUAUUAAUUUAUCGUAAGACAUUUGACCACUUUAAAACCUAAAAAAAAGUAUUGGCAAUAGUAGUCCAUAGUAGAAAAAUGCCAAUGGUACCAGCUGUUGGGGGGGGGGUCUAUGGGGGUAGUCAAGAAAUUUAAUUAUUAGUGGUAAUCUUUUUUGGUAACCAUAGAAACGUUUCACCAGUUAAGAAGAUAGUUGCUGCCCUAAUAGUUACUGAUCAGAAACACAAACAUAGAAAGUGAAACACAACUAGAGAAAAAUACAAAUGGAGAAGGAAGAGAGAAAAACACAGGCGAUUACUUUCACCCAAGACAUCAAAGGGAGGUAACUCCAACUAAGGUUGCUAACAUCAAGUACUAACAAUAUCUGGUGUAACCACUGUUUUCUUCUUUUUGUUUUUGUAUUGUCAACUUACUGUCAGUUUUUUUAAUGUUAGAACUUAAUGUCUGUAAAUCUGGAGUAAAGGUAUGGUCAAUGUUAAAUCAACACAAAGUCAUCAAAAUCAACACGGUAGUAGAUUUUCUUGUUGUUGGGGUCUGGAAUAAAACAUGGUAAAUAAUAGUUAAACACAAAUUCAUGACACUGACAGGGUAUAUUUUCUAUGUCAUUCAUCACAAAAUCAUUAAAUCGACUCUGUAGAGUUCUCUGUCGUCGUGGUCUGGAGGGGAGUAGUGAGUCCUCCUUUGUUGUGUUCAGGAUGUGACCAGUGGUUGGGAAGAGAUGUGUGGUAGUGGCGUGGCAGUCUCGGCUGGCAUCUGAGGAAGAUUAUAAUUUUUGUCAACGUAGGAUCUGGGGGCAUUUCAUCAUCAUUAUCUGGGGUGUUUCAUGAUCAUUAUGUGUGUCACCGGAAGCACUGUGGAAUUUGACACCUCUUGUUUAGUACUAUAUAACACACAGUAUGUAUGAUAUGAUCAGACAAAUUUGCAGAUGUCGCACCAUGGCCCAUCAAUGUUCACAACAAGAUGUCGAUUACGUGCACGUCUUAUUUCUGUCACAAUAUAGAUACACUAAAUCACCAAUGGUUGAUUGGACUCCUUUAGGAGUUUUGGAUAGUUCACUGUGUGGGUGGUUUUAUAAUCUGGCAGAGUGUUGGUCUGCUAUAAGUUGUUGGUCAGAGAGGGGCAAUUGGCUGCUUGUGAAUUGGUAUCUCUGAGUCCACAAUUCACGAGAUGAUACACCACGGUUUUGAAUGAGGGAAUUGAGACUAACUAUGGUAAUUGGUAGGAGUAACAGAACCACGAGAAGGAUCUUGAUGACAGGAGUUCAUUUUCCAUUUCUUGUAUUGCUCUUUCUGCAGCAAAGAGACUGCCUACAGUCUCAGGUGGAUUACUUGAACUUUGUUCGACAAUGGUAGAUGGAGUCUUGCGCAGAGCAGCACACUGAUUGCAGUUGUUGGAUACAGAGUGAAUGGAAUGAUCCAUGACAGGUGACAAUAAGUAUCUUUGAACUAUCUUCUUCAGUUAAAAUACUGAUGGGUGAUUCAACUGAAUAUGUAAGGCAUUGAGGAGACCUUCUAGAACUUGUCAGGGAACAACAAUACAUUCUUGUGUGGGGAAUAGUAGAUCAGUUCGCUUUACGAUGAGGAUACCCAUCUUUGGCAAUGGUUAUUGUAGUUAUGCAACGUUUAACAUCUUUUAUGUUGGUGAGCUUCUUCGAAGGGUGAGCUCCAUGAAUCAGGUGAGAAUGGAUACGCCGUAAAUCCUUGCACUCUUCUUGUAGUGAGUGCCAAGUUGAUCUCGUGGUGAAGGGUAUCCGAGUUUUGCCUGAUAUGUCAUCUAUGAGAAUGUGUUGAACAACAGAAUUUUCAGUCUCCUGGAUGAAAGCAUAUAUUUGACACGAUUCAUUGUGACACACUGGGGCAUUUUAGCUAGCAAUGUUUGAUGGGAUAUUGAUGGAGGCUUGAUAUUUGCUGACUGUAGAUAGAAAGGUUAAAACCUGAGGACUUGCUGAAAAUUCGCCACGAACGCAAGGUUUAUUAUCAGUGAUGAUGAUAGGUUUGAGACUGGACUGGAUGAUGUAAGAACUGAAAUGCUUUGUGGGAGGGGCAAUCGACAUUGCUUCAAUUUCACAAGGUAACCAUGUGAAUUGACGUGGUCUUAGUUUUGCGCUGAAGAAUCCUGCAAAGCGAGGUUAAUUGUGGCGAGUGAUGUACAAGGUUGCUCCUAUCCCUGGAUCUUUAACAGCUCCAUCUGUAACAAUCCAAAGUUGGCUUUUUGGGUUAGGGAGAACGAUUGCUUUGUUUGACAAGAUCAUUGUCUGAGCAUGAGAGAAGGCAUCAUGAAGGUCAUUGCUCCCAAGCUAUUUCAUCUUUGGACUGUUGACCUGCUACAAUAUUGUCAAAAGGGGCAAGGAUUUUUGAACAGCCGGGUAUAAUACGAGCGAGAAUUUUGUAUGCGCCAAUGAAUGAGCACAAGCCAUAGACUGUGUUGGGAGGCGAACACAAUGCUAAAGUACCGAUGCGGUGCGGACUAGCCUGAAUACAGUCUUGUUGCCAAUUCCAUCCUAGGAUUGUGAUUGAUUGUGGAAUGAUUAUUGUUUUGUGUGCUGACAGUCGUAAGUUGUUGUGUUGAAGGGCUGUCAGCAACCAAUGCCAAGUGUUGAUUAAUUCUUCAGGGGUACUUCCGCCACAAUACAAGUCAUCAGCGAGUUUAGUGACGACCCCUUCUGUCAAUAAAUCUCCCAGAACUUUGCACAUAACUUCCUCUAGUGCAGUUUCUGAACCUGGCAUACCCAUUGCUGAUCGGGAGUAUACACGGAUACCGCGAAACGGAGUAGCGACACCACAAUACUUCACGGAAUUCUUGCCAAGUGGUAUUUGGUCAAAAGCGCUGGACAGAUCAGUGGUGAUAAUAUAUUUCCAUUGACCAAUUUGUCUUAAUGUUGAAUCUACAUCUGGUAACAGGAAUGGCUAAGGUUUGGUGUAACGACCAACAUCACUGAAUGAUGUGACCAGGCGAUGAGCGCCUGAUGGCAUUCUGACAAGGAAGGAAGGGUUAAAUUAUUCAACCUUGAUACCUGCAUCUUCAGGACAUUUGACAACUCACUUGUCCUCAAGGUCAUCGAACAUCUGUUGGAGUUCUCCGAGUUGCUUUCUGGAGUACUGGGGCCCUAUUUUCGAAGCCAUCUUAGCGCUACGAAAUCGUAAAACCGUUGUAGGUUGUGACGUCACUACAGCGCACGCCAUAGUGACGUCAUAGCUUACGAUGAUUUCACGAUUUCGUAGGCUAAAAUAGCUUCGAAAAUAUGGGCCCUGAGGUACUCUUCCCUUCCUCUGAGGAGGUUGUACUGAACCCAUGUUAACUACUGCUUAAAAUGGACCACUGGCACCAUUGUAGCAUUCUAUGGAAGGUUCAAAUACAUCAUCAUAUUCCUGAAUCAGCACUGAAUUCUUUAAUGAUUUUCGGGGGGAGAAUACAGUGAAGGUCUAUUUGAAUUUGGUCUGAGAACUUGCCGUGUAACUGUGAUUCGGUAUAUGUUGUGAGAUGUUGACAACUUCUGGGAUGAAUACUGGUCGAAUUUGGCAAAAAUACGAAUUCUCCCCUAUACACUUUGGAGGAGACUGUGUGGAGGCCAUGUUUUGAAUCGAGUAGCAUGAAUGUUAUCAGUUUGCGGCAUACAAAUCAUCUUGAAGUGUAUAGUCAUCAGGCACCAGAUUUCAAUGUAGUCACUGGGCCACACUGUCGUAGUAGUGGGUAGUGCUCGGAGUACACAAGCUCGGCGAAAGGUGUGUUGAUCCUUUGUUUCAGUUGUAGAGGUGUAGUGAACAAGUGUACCAUCUUUAAGACUUAUCUGACGUCUUGCAGGUCGAAUGCCGAUGUCAUUACUUUCCAUAAAUGGUGUGCCAGCAAGCAUGUCUACAUCUAGUUGUUCCACGAUCAAGCCUUCAAAAAGUGGCAGUAAUUUCUCCAAUCACAUUCAAGUGAGAUGAGCCAUCUGCCUGAUGAGCUGAUUGUGAGGUUUUCUUGAUGUGGAAUCCCAAUGCUUGUGCAGUUGAUAACCUGACCAUGUUUGGCAAUUCAUCAAUUAACGGCGGCAAAGCUUGUGAUAUUUCUGUCUUGAUUGAAUCAUGCUAAAAUUCUUGAUUUAAGUUCUGUUCCUUACCUUUGCU